GACGGAAGUUCUCAUCUGGCGUCCCUCUUUGAUAAGGGCGUCGCUGCUACCAGACUUUAUAAUAGCACGCUGGCGUUAUUAAAUCGGCCAUCUUAAAUUGGGCCGGAAGGGAAAGAACAAGUAAACCUGGACUUUAUAACGUUUCCUUUCAACUGCCAAGUCUCCCGGAAAUUGAGCAGGGGAGAGGAAGUGGAGGGCCCGACUGCCACUUGGCCUUUACGGCGCUAGCGGAGGGAGAUGAGAGAUGAUAGCGGGUUAGACGUGGAAAGGGCAGGCGGGUUUUGUUCCCGCCUUCUGUUUCCAUGGGUGUAAUUCCUUAUUGGCUGAGGAGGAGUUGAGCUUCGGUAAUGAGGCCUGGUUCGCCUGCCUGCCUGCCUUCCCUCUGAAGAAAGCGGGGAGCCCCCUGCCUGAGCUGAGUGGGAGCCCAGCUGAGGGGAAGAGGAGAAGGCGGACUCCGGAGCGGGACUUUGAAAAGCGGCCUCUUCGGAGGUUUCCGUGAGUUUCGGCAACAAAGCAAUUGAGCACUUAGUUUUUUUUCCCUUUUGCACGAAAACGGGGUGGUCGCCCCGCUUGCCUGCCGCUGAGGAGCUCGGCCAAGGUGGUUGGCCCAUGUGGCUUUAUUCGGAGCCCCGAGGGCGAAUUCCCCUGCUGAGCCGCUGAGCCUGGAGGAGAAGCCGGCCAUGGAUGAUUUUUUAUCCAUCAGUUUGCUCUCCCUCGCUAUGCUGAUCGGCUGCUACGUGGCGGGGAUCAUCCCUUUGGCCGUCAACUUUUCCGAGGAAAGAUUAAAACUGGUUACAGUUCUUGGCGCCGGGCUCCUUUGUGGAACUGCCUUGGCUGUCAUUGUGCCUGAAGGAGUACAUGCACUUUAUGAAGAUCUUUUGGAGGCAAAGCACCAGCCAGUCAGUGAGAGUCAAAAGGUCAUUGAAUCUGAGAAAGCAGAUGUUCCAGAUGUGCAUGAUCAUAACCACAACCAUGACCAUUCAAGAUUACAUGCUUACAUUGGUGUUUCUCUUGUUCUUGGCUUUGUCUUUAUGCUGCUGGUAGAUCAGAUUGGCAGUUCUCACGUCCACACUGCAGAUGACCCAGAAGCAGCAAGGUCGGGCAAUUCCAAAAUCACUACUACACUAGGACUAGUUGUCCAUGCAGCAGCUGAUGGUGUUGCCUUGGGUGCAGCUGCUUCUACAUCUCAGACUAGUGUCCAGCUAAUAGUGUUUGUUGCAAUUAUGCUGCAUAAGGCACCUGCUGCUUUUGGGCUUGUCUCGUUUCUUAUGCAUGCUGGCCUUGAACGAAAUCGAAUCAGGAAGCACUUGCUGGUUUUUGCACUAGCAGCACCUGUUUUGUCAAUGGUAACUUAUCUGGGAUUAAGCAAGGUAAAACAGCUGUGAAACAUGAAUCAGAUUAAUCAUAUUUACCAGCCAGUUG